AUGGCUUUCGAUUCUAAAGAUCAGAAUCGUCUAAACGAAGAAGAAGAUUCCUACGGUCUUUCUGCCAUGCUUCAGUGUUGUAGCCAGACCUACUGUGCAGUUCUUAAAGCGUCCAUUGAGCUCAACUUGUUUGAGAUCAUAGCUAAGGAAGGAGGACGAUAUGUGUCAGCCUCUGAAGUAGCUUCAAAGCUUCCAAGUUCAUCUCAGCACAAAGAUUUAGCUUUCAGAAUCGAUCGUCUCUUGAGGCUUCUUGCAAGUCACUCUCUUCUGAACUGUUCGUUUCGUGAGAAGGAAGAUGGAGGCACUGAGAGGCUCUAUGCCAUUUCUCCUGUGGGAAAGUACUUCGUCGGUGGGGACGAUAAUGGCGGGUUCUUGGCUCUCUUCUCAUCAUUCAUAUGUCAUAGGGCCCUCCUGGAUGCCUGGAUGAAUUUUAAGGUUGCCAUAAUAGAAGAAGACAAUGACUUAUUCAAGAAAGUUCAUGGAAUGCCAAUGUACCAAUAUGCAGAGAUAGAUCCAGCAUGGAACAACAUUUUCAACAAAGCAAUGGCUAACCGCUGCAACGUAGAGAUGAGAAGAAUAUUAGAAAUAUACAAAGGAUUUGAAGGAACAUCAACACUUGUUGACGUUGGAGGUGGCACUGGCCAAAACCUCAAAAUGAUUGUCUCCAAGUACCCUUCAAUUAAGGGCAUCAAUUUUGAUUUGCCCAAUGUUGUUCAAAACGCACCACCUCAUCCGGGAAUGGAGCAUGUUGGAGGGGAUAUGUUUGAGAGUGUUCCGAAAGGUGAUGUCAUUAUGUUGAAGGCCGUAUGCCACAAUUGGUCAGAUGAGAAUAGCAUAAAAUUGUUGAGGAAGUGCCAUGAAGCAUUGAGAGAUAAAGGGAAGGUGGUAGUGAUUGAGUACAUAAUGCCUGAAGUAAUUGACGCAACCGAAGAAGCCAAGUUCGUAGCAAGCUUGGACAACAUCAUGUUCCUUCAUGAUGGAAGAGAAAGAACUGAGAAGGAAUUUCAAUAUCUUUGCAAAUGUUCUGGCUUUUCUGCUUUCAAACUCGCUCUCGCUUCUCGUGCUUUCUCCGCUUUAGGAGUUAUGGAAUUCUACAAGUAAUGAAGAUUGGUCUUAUACAUAUACAUAUGAAGAAGAAAAUGAGAGAAAAUCACUUUGAGAUCGCAAGCAAAUAAUGUAAUCACCAAAUAAGUGAGGAGUAUGAACUUGUUUAUAUUUCCUGCAUUGAAAUUUACUAUUGCAUAUGUUACUUAUUUGUUGUUAUGAAAUAUUUUAAUGAUUACAAUUCAUCUUUGGGGCCCCAUACUGA